AUGCCAGCGUCUGUUUCAACUUCCCGAAAGAAUCUAUGGAUUGCCGCUAGUGAUGGCGAUCUUGAGCCCCAUUUCCCCCAAGGUAUGUCCCCCAACGACCCAGACCCAAAUACAUACACUCCCAUGCAUGCUGCUGCUUCUUAUGGCCGCUUAAACAUUCUCGAUUACCUGAUUUCAAGAGGGGGUGAUGUCAAUGUUACGGAUGAGGAUGGAGACACACCGCUUUAUACGGUUGAAAGUGUCGAAGCUGCAAAAUAUCUCGUGGAUCAUGGAGCCCUUAGUGACAGGCGAAACAACGAUGGAGUUUUGCCUGAAGAACAUCUGGAGGAAGACUUUCCUGAAAUAGCGGAGUAUCUGAGAGGACUAUCGAGGGAGCCGAGGGAGAACAGCCUAGUGCCACCGACCAAGUUUCCAUCGCAAAUGGCGACGGAACAAGCAUCAGAGCGACUUACUCAACGGCUUAUGGCGGAUGUUGAGCAGAUCAUGGCACGCUCCGACUUGGAUGGCACGGAUAUUGAUGAAGUAUUGCGGCAGGCAGUAGAACAAAUUGUUAUCGGCGGAAUCGAAGAGGGUCACACGAUGAUGGAGGAACAGACAGAGGAGCUCACGCAUGCUGAACCAUCGAAGCGCCAACGGCGAGAUGAGGGCGAGGACAAAUAA